UCCCUCGGGCCUCCCGGCCGCCCAGCAGCACAGGGUGGCUGAAGGCGCAGCGACCUCACCUGUGGGGCUCGUGCGGAUGGGCGGGGUCCGAGCCGCUCGGGCCCCUUCAAGGGCAGAGCCGAGCAGUGGAGGCUGUACCACCCCAGCGCACAUGUGCGCGCACUGAGCCGAUGCUGCGACCCCACACGUCUGCAGCCUGUGCGCUCCACGAGUCCGCGAGUUCCAGUCCCGAAGCACACACGGCCGAGCGGCCCACGGGACCCUUACAGAAGCCGAGAGCGCGAGCUGGGCCGGUGCCGCCAGUUAAAGCGUAGCUGAGCAGUGGUCUGGAGGUAGCUGCUCGCUCCUGCUCGGCACCGGGACCCACCUUCCCAGGACAAUCACAGAUAGUGUGUGGCUGGCUGGCUCUGGUGGCAGACUGCACUGUAUCCUGUCAUUUCUGGGCAUAAGCCACACAAAUGGAUGUGAAGAGGUGUCCCAUCGUGGUUUGGAUUCAUAUUUCUGCAGAGACUGGUGGCACCGAACAUCUUGUCAUGUGUUCAUUGACCAUUUAUGCAUCAUCUUUGGAGAAAGGUCUAUUCAAGUCCUUUUCUAUGAAAAGUGGAUUAUCCCAUUCCCCUCCUUGGACAGGAAGACUUGAGCUGAAAUAUGUGGCGUAUCCUUCAAGGCUGGAGCCAAGGGUGCUUGGGCCAUCGGGGAGUCCUGGCAAGGGCAACCCUGGGGCAGCCAGGGCCCCCGGGUAGCAGAGCCCGGACUAGCGCUGGUUCGCAGAUUGGGGAUGAACACAGCUACGUGGUGGUGGGUGCGGGCUCCGCGGGCUGUGUGCUGGCCAAUCGGCUCACCGAGGACCCUGCAGAGCGGGUGCUGCUGCUGGAGGCAGGGCCCAAGGACUUGCUGGCUGGGAGCAAGCGGCUCCUAUGGAAGAUCCACAUGCCCGCAGCCCUCGUGGACAACCUGUGUGAUGACAAUUAUAACUGGUCCUACCACACAGAGCCGCAGCCGGCCAUGGACAGGCGUGCACUGUACUGGCCACGUGGCCGCGUCUGGGGUGGCUCAUCAUCCCUCAAUGCCAUGGUCUACAUCCGUGGGCACGCUGAAGACUACGACCGCUGGCAGAGCCAAGGUGCUGAAGGCUGGGACUAUGAACACUGCCUGCCCUACUUCCGCAGGGCACAGGGCCACGAGCUGGGUGCCAGCCAGUACCGUGGCGGCGAUGGCCCACUGCGUGUGUCCAGAGGCAAGACAGGCCACCCGCUGCACCUGGCAUUCCUGCAGGCGGCACAGCAGGCCGGCUACCCGCUCACCGACGACAUGAACGGCUUCCAGCAGGAGGGCUUCGGCUGGAUGGAUAUGACCAUCCACGAAGGCAAGCGCUGGAGUGCAGCCUGUGCCUACCUGCACCCGGCACUGAACCGCCCCAACCUCAGGGCUGAAGUCCAGACGCUUGUGAGCAGGGUGCUGUUUGAAGGCACCCGUGCUGUGGGUGUGGAAUACAUCAAGAAUGGCCAGAGCCACCAGGCUUAUGCCAGCAAGGAGGUGAUCCUGAGCGGGGGUGCCAUCAACUCUCCACAGCUGCUCAUGCUUUCAGGCAUUGGGAAUGCAGAUGACCUCAAGAGACUGGGCAUCCCUGUGGUGUGCCACCUGCCUGGAGUUGGCCAGAACCUGCAGGACCACCUGGAGAUAUACAUCCAACAGGCCUGCACCCACCCCAUCACCCUCCACUCAGCCCAGAAGCCCUUGAGGAAGAUCUGCAUUGGACUGGAAUGGCUGUGGAGAUUCACAGGGUACGGAGCCACAUCCCAUCUGGAAACGGGUGGGUUUAUCCGCAGCCAGCCUGGGGUCUCCCACCCAGAUAUUCAGUUCCAUUUCCUGCCAUCCCAAGUGAUUGACCAUGGCCGGGUCCCCACCAAGCAGGAGGCUUACCAGGUACAUGUGGGGCCUAUGCGGAGCCCAAGUGUGGGCUGGCUCAAACUGAGAAGUAAAAAUCCCCAGGACCACCCAAUAAUCCAACCCAACUACUUGUCCACAGAAACAGAUAUCAAAGAAUUCCGUCAGUGUGUGAGGCUGUCCAGAGAAAUUUUUGCACAGGAAGCCCUGGCUCCCUUUCGGGGGGAAGAACUCCAGCCAGGAAGCCACGUUCAGUCCGAUAAGGAGAUAGAUGCCUUUGUGCGGAGAAAAGCCGACAGUGCCUACCACCCCUCAUGCACCUGUAAGAUGGGCCAGCCCUCCGAUCCCAUGGCUGUGGUGGACCCAAAGACCAGGGUCCUGGGGGUAGAAAACCUCAGGGUCGUUGAUGCCUCCAUCAUGCCCAGCAUAGUCAGUGGCAACCUGAACGCCCCCACAAUCAUGAUUGCAGAAAAAGCAGCCGACAUCAUUAAGGGGCAGCCUGCACUCUGGGACAGGGAUGUUCCUGUCUACAAGCCUAAGACCUUGGACACCCAGCGUUAAGACAGCCACUGCCUUAGGAUGACCAGAGAGGCCCCCAGCACGCUGACAGGACCAAUCAGCCAGCCCUUCCUCCAAAUGUUGCCAGAAGCCACCUGGAACACUGGGACCUAGGUAGCCCUACUCAGUGGCUGAGAACUGGAUAAUGUCUCAGGAAAUGAGACUAGUUCUAGUCAGUAUGUCAAGUUGUUCUCCUCCAGCAUUUUGAUAUAGUCCUUUGGGAGAAGGCCACUGUGCAGCCUGGGACCCUGCAUCCUGGAGGGACAGGGGAGGUGAUAGGGGAACGUGAACUGCCACAUUCUCGUCCUGUAUCCAUGUGGUCUUCUCCAACGCGGGGUCCUGCUGCCUUGAGCAGAAUGCUUUCUUCCAGGCUUCCCCCUAAGAGGACAGGGUGGUUUGCCCAGAUGUGGUAAGCUUGCACUGAGCCCCCCAAGGAAGGGUAUCAUCCUGUGUCUUGAGCUUUACCCAAGGCUGCAAGUCAUAGGAGUUAGCUCAUCCCAGGCUGGCACCGAAUCCCGAGGAUCCCUGGGCAGAGGGAAAGUUGCCAUCUGACUUUUGUCUUUCCCUAAUCCUGAUUUUACUGUCAGAGGGAGGGCCACCUCUGUAGUGUUCUGGUUCCACAGUCCCGAUGGGAGGCUUUCUGGACCUCAUUCAAGGAGGGAAAGGCACUUUGGUCUUAUUACCAAGAAACACAGACUCCUAGAGCCAACCCCACAUACCAGGUCACCUCUUUGUCAGGAAAGCUCUGGCUGCUUCCCAGGGCUCCAGUACAGAGACAGGGCAAAUUCUUAUUCUCUGGACGUUCAUGGGAAUAGAUCAGAAUGGUGCUGAGAGCGAUAGAAAAGCAGCUAAGUACAAGAAACAGUAAUCAGUGAAGAUUGGAGUUUUCGGAGGGAGGGGGAUAGCUACAAGGAGCAUUUACAACAGCUCUUUGAUAUUUAAUAUAUUCUAGUAACUUAUUUUUGAACCGCGAUACCUUAUCCCCAUAGGCUUGCAAAUGAAAAGAAAAAUCCAUUCAAAAUGCUUUUAGUUAAACCGUGCAAAUCUUCCAUGGAUAGGAGGGAAGAAAAGUGGUGUGGAAACCUGCAGUGCUGGGCCCAGAAUAAGGAGGGGGAAACCCAGGGGUUCCAGGCAGCUCACAGAUCUUGGAGGCCCAAUAACUGCAACUUAACAUUUCUGAGAAAAACCUUCCAGAAAGGUGGACAGAAAGAAACCAUCAUACAUAUUCCUUUUAAAACUUUAGGCAGUUCUUGUUUAAUCUUACCUGUAUUUUUUUCUCUGUUCCAAGAGAAGAUCAAGAAAGAAAAUUCUAGAUCUGCUAAGAGAUUUCUCUUCAAAAGUUAGAGGAUCCCCUCAGCAGCCAUCCAUCCUCUGGGGACUCAGAUGGCAGCUAGGCCACAUGCUACCAUCCGGUCAGAGAGGUCGUGUUGAUUCAGGGAAGGGUACGUUUUGGUCGCAGGCCUGCCUGAAUUUACUGACGUAGAUAGGGCAGCUGACAAGUCAUUUAGUUCCACCAUCUCUGCAUCCCAUGGUGUCUCAGUCUCUGAGACAAAAGCAGCUGUAUCUUGAGAUAAGCAGAGUGACAUGUGAUAAGAGCCCAUCAGGCCCCUCUCCUCCUUUCACAUGGUGAGGCGGUUUCCACAUAAUCGCACAAGGAAACACAUUUCAAGAGAUAAGACAGCAAGUGUCAUGUGUCCAGAACCCACAGAAGUCAAACCAGGAAACUGCUGUUGGGGUUCAGGCACAAGGUUGACUUGAAGAGUUCCUCACAUGAGCCCUGACAAACAGACGUGGCUGCUGCCACAGCACUGGCCCACAUCCAAACAACAGGCUGUCUGGAAAUUCCACUGUCACGAGGAAGAGAGGGCUGAGGGAGCCCAAGUAGGCAGGACAGUGCUCACUUGUGGGGAACCAGGCCAACUUCCAUGGCUGAGCCUCUUGUCAAAAAGCUUAUCAUACCUAACAGCAGAAGACUGCUUUGCUCAAAGAGUCAGAAGGGCAUCCAUGGCCAGAGCUCUGAGGAGCCUCACCUCGUGGAAGAUGACCAUACUCACACCACGGGAGGAAUUACUGAUAGGAGGGACAGAUCGGGGAAGGGCCAGGAGCCUCAGCCAGCAUGACUAGAAAUGGUGAGUGCCAGGAGCGGAAGCUGAGGUGCCCCAACGCACAGCCUUUCCGCUUCCACUGCAGGCUGCGGGAUAGUGAUUUCCAUAAAUUAAAAUAGAUUUUUCACUCCAGCCUAACCCUAACCCUCAGCCCAAAAGUUGUUUUCAUAUUUCCACUUAUAAACUAACAUGACAUCAGCGCUGAGACACAUUUUUGUUUCUUCCCCCUUGAAAAUCAGAAAAAGAUACCUCUCAUCCAUGCGUCCAGAUAUUCUCCAGCCACCCUCCUCACCCCAUUCUGAUGGCAGAAGCCAACACCCAAACCUGUUCCUGCUUCUGCACUGCCCUCCCAGGCCCUGGAGGGAAGAGAGAAACCUUUCAACAAGCCACAGCUGGGCCUUAAGUUGUAGGUCAGGUGCUGGUGUUCCGCAUGUGCUAUCAGCUCUGUGGCUAGCCCGUUUUUACAAAUAAAUGGUUCACCCUAUAAAUAAAAGCCUGUAGGAAAAUGCAAUUGGCAUAGACAUUUUAGACUGUGAAAUAAACAUCUCUGGCUUCUUUGAAGAGUGGGGUCCCCUAGUAAAGUGGGUGAGCAUCUAGCUGCCAUUGCCCCAGGCAGGCAGAGCCACAGCUUGCAGUGAGUGGCUUUCAGUGCCCCCAAACCCACCCCUCCUGGCCUUCACCCAAUUCUGCAACACACCAGAGCUGGGACCUGUCACCUGGUCAAACGGGAAUCCAGCUGUUUGGGAAUUAGAGUCCACAUGCUGAACAAGAUGGUUCUCACUGUUGAUUUACAGUUGAAUCAAAAUCACCAUUUCUACACAAGGUUAAAGAAAUAUACUAUUCCUGAGAAUACAAAACUGUUUGGGGGAGGGUCCAGAAAGUAGAGAGAUUAAAUCUUAAAACUCUUCUAAAACAAAGGGAAAAAACCAUGCUCUACAACUUCAGAUUUUUCUUAAAAAGAGAAAUUUAAUAUUAGAUGAGAGGUUGGACCAGGGUUAAAGCAGACAGAUACCAGGAAGUGGUGCAGCCUUUAUCAACGCCAGCAUUUAAGUACUGACUUCAGAAAACACUUGUCACCUGUUCCAGAACUUGCAGUCCUGGGAGGUGAUUUUGACCUGAUGAUGUGCAGCCCCACAGUAAUACCAAAACCCCGUGGAGACAGUCCAGAUAAUGUUGACAGUGGUGUAGCCCUUUGGGAGAAGUGGCGCUCUCUGUGGCUGGUGUUACCAUGGGCAUCGAAGGAGCUGAGGACGAGGAAAAAUCUACCUGUGUGCAGAGCUGCCCCGAGAGCGCCUGCCCCGCAGCUCUCACUGGCCAGGAGAGCUCCCGAAGACAAUGAAAUUAUUACGCAGUUUCAUUCUGAAGAACCAGUUUGCAUUUUAAUAAAAAAGGCUUUCUGUCAGGAAA